AUGGCGGUUACAGAGUGGAAUCUGAGUAAAGAGCAGAAGAGUCGCAGCAGCCAGAUUCAGUGUGACGUCCAAACGCAGCUAGAAGCAGCACAUAGAGGAGCUCUUCAACAGCAGCGUGUGAAGCAUGUGGCAGGAGAUAAAGACUCUGACCGGCUACAAGGACAGCUACACAGCCACCAGCUCGACCGACAGAUUGCUGCUGACACACAUCUGGUUCUACCAGGGAAGGUCAGCGCCAUUCAGCUGGACCAACCUCAGGUCAGAUCCAUCCUGCACAGAGUCGAUGUGAGGAAAGCAGCUGGUCCAGACAGAGUCACCGCCAGGAUCCUCAAAGCCUGUGCAGACCAGCUAGCAGAGGUUUUCACCACCAUCUUCAACCUCUCACUACUACAAUCUGCAGUUCUCACCUGCCUGAAGUCAGCCACCAUCAUCCCAGCCCCAAAGGAGGGUACAGUGACCUGCCUUGAUGACUAUCACCCAGUUGCUCUCACCCCCAUAAUCACCAAAUGCUGUGAGAGACUCAUCCUCUCUCACAUUGAAUCUGCCAUCCCUGCUGACCUGGACCAACACCAGUUUGCCUAUCGAGCCAACAGGUCGGCAGAGGAUGCUGUCAACACUAUGCUCCACACCUGGACCAGCCCAGCAUGUACGUGCUGUUUGUGGACUUCAGCUCAGCAUUUAACACCGUCAUCACCUGUUCUCCCACCUGCUCUCUGGGAGGAGCUACAGCUCGAUCAGAUCCGAGACAAACAGACUGAAGAACAGUUUGUUCCCACAGGCAGUGAAAUAACAACAUCUGUAAUGUUCUCUGAUGAUUAUAAAGGUGUUCAGUGUUGGUACCUGCUGAGGUGUGUGUUGUACUCACUGAUCAUGGGAGUUCUCCCAGAUGUUGACAGAUGAGGCCUCAGUCCAUCAGGGCCAAAACCUCCCGCCACAUGAACACUUUCUUCCUGCGGCAGUUCAUUAACAGGUCCAGGGACCCUGACCCACACUGACGCUCACACUUGCACACAGGUUUCUUAAUCUAUUUUGCACAUUUCUGUACAGCUCUGCCAUCUUUAUUAAUCAGUCAUCCCACACUCUGUUUGUUAAUCUUGUAUAUAUAAAAGUCACUGUUUGUUGAUUAUUGUCUUCAAUGCACCUUAUUCACUAAGAUAAAUUCCUUGUUGGUGUAAAACCCUUCUUGGUAAUAAAUCUGAUUCUGAUUCUG